AUGGUGGCGAGGAAAAUGCCGAGCAACGUCCUGGACAAUGCCACGAUAGGAAACUUGCUCCUCAAGAUCAAUGCUAAAUUGAAUGGCACCAAUCAUUCAUUUACUGAAAACUGUUCAGUAGCUAAACUUUGUAAAGGAGUUAUGCUGUUGGGGGCAGAUGUUACACACCCAUCCCCUGACCAGAUGAAUAUCCCAUCUGUAGCUGCCGUAAGUUUCUUGUUCACAGAACUUGUAUAAAUUAUAUGCACAUUAAGUCACUGGUCAAAUAAAAUAUCAAUUUUUAUUAUUCCUAA